GUUAAAUCUUUUUGUCAAUUAAUCUCGCUCUUUUCUACGUAGUGACGUAUUGCGACUCUGGUUCAUCUUCGAUUUUGGAUUUACGCGUAAGGUUAGCGUUGUCGCCCUUGAUCUUGAUAGAGCAGUUUGCGUAUUCGGAUAUUUCCGUACUUCUUGUCUCUUGUCAUUAUUAGACAACUGCCGCUAGCAAGUUAAACCACUUUAUGCUGCAGCAUGGCUUCAACGAAUCAACAAGUUAUUCCUAAUGGAUUCAAGUUCUUAUUCGGUGGUACAUCAGGAAUGGCUGCAACUUUGUUUGUUCAACCUUUGGAUCUUGUGAAGAAUCGCAUGCAACUGAGUGGUGAGGGUGGAGGUCAAAGAAUGUAUAAGAACAGCUUCCAAGCAAUCUCUACAAUAUUAAGAAGUGAAGGUGUGGUUGGAAUAUACACUGGGUUAUCUGCUGGCCUGUUGAGACAAGCUACAUAUACUACCACAAGGUUGGGUGUUUAUACAAUGCUGAUGGAUAAAGUUUCGAAGAAAGAUGGAACUCCGCCUAACUUUUUUACCAAAGCAGCACUAGGAAUGACAGCUGGGGCAAUAGGAGCGUUUGUUGGCACACCUGCUGAGAUAUCAUUGAUCAGAAUGACUUCGGAUGGAAGGUUACCGAUUAAUGAACAGAGGGGAUACACUAGUGUUUUUAAUGCAUUAUCAAGAAUUAUUAGAGAAGAGGGCCUUUUUACUUUGUGGAGGGGAUGUGGACCGACUGUAUCAAGAGCUAUUGUUGUCAAUGCUGCACAAUUAGCUUCAUAUUCUCAAGCAAAACAGGUUCUCCUAGGUUCUGGUCAUUUCCGAGAUAAUAUUUUGUGUCAUUUUGUUGCAAGUAUGAUCAGUGGUCUUGUUACAACAAUCGCAUCAAUGCCUGUCGAUAUUGCCAAAACAAGAAUACAAAGUAUGAAGACCAUAGAUGGAAAACCUGAAUAUACUGGUGCCAUUAAUGUUCUCACAAGGACUGUACGAUCAGAAGGAAUUUUCAGUUUAUGGAAGGGUUUUACACCCUAUUAUUUUCGACUUGGCCCACACACUGUGCUUACAUUUAUAUUUUUAGAACAAUUGAACAAGCUUUAUAGGAAAUUUGCCUGAUUUACCUGGGUUUUAUCACGGUUUUUAAUUCUAUAAAUAACCACUUUAAUCAUGGUGCAUGAGAACAAAAAAAUUAUGAACAUCCAUUUUAUCGACUUCGUUUUGGAAUAGAAAUAUAAUUAUGUUGAAUAGCACUUCACUUGUGUUUUUUCACUACAUCUGAUGGGCAAUUUGCAGCAACAUUUUUGAUCUCUGUCUGAACUUGUUUUCAUCACUAUUUCAAUUUCAAAUUAGUCUAGACUCUUGAUAUAUAUAACCGUACUAUGUUAAAGCACAACGACGCUGCAGCGCAAUCGAUAUAAAUUGAAACACCUACUACAAAGGCAAGCCUCGAGUAACUGGUGAAGACCAUGAUAGCCUAAGAAAUUGAACUUAAAUAUUGGAUUGAAUAGGGUAUUAUACCCGUCAGAAAAAAUUAGUUUAUGAACUAUUUCUGUAUCGUGUAUUUAUCUAAACUUUAUCAUGUUUUUUUUUGCUGUUAUUGCAGCAGGGAAUUUGAAACUUUUCAUAACACUCUAGCUUUUCAUAAAAUAAAUGACUUAAAACUCGUGGUUGACCAAAAUAUCCUACUUCUGAAUUCAAGUUAAAAAAUUUACUUACCGACCCAUGUUCAUAUAAAUUAUAAACCAUAACUCGCAUGGUAAAUCCAAAAUCGAUAGUUUGAGAUUCUAUUGCUUAAAUUUUAACAUUCUUUUAAUUAUAUUAUUACUGUAAUAUGCAUACCGUAAGUAUCCUUUCUUGAUAAAUUCGUUCUUGUCCAUGCUCUCAUUUUAUUAAUGGUGUUGUCAUAAUUCGUUAAUUAAAAUGUGUGUUAAUUUUGGAAAUACAAAUUCAUUGUAGCAUUGUGCUGGGUA